UCUCGCGUUCAGUUCACUUAGAAAAAUGUCAAACUAGUGUGUACCGGUGCAUUGACGCUUAAUAAGUUUUAAAGUCGAGUAAAACUUGCAACGCCUUUUACGACACCAACUAGUCAUCGCUUCGGCAUUAUUUAAGAAUGUGCUUUCAGGUUUAGUCGAUUUGAACCUGAUACGCCAUGGACGAGCAAGCAUGUCCUCGGUGCAAGACAACCAAGUAUCGGAAUCCGUCUUUAAAAUUGAUGGUCAACGUUUGUGGACAUACAUUGUGCGAGAGCUGUGUCGACUUGUUGUUCUUGAAAGGGAGCGGAGCAUGUCCAGAAUGCCAGAUACCACUGCGCAGGACAAACUUCCGGGUGCAGAUGUUCGAAGAUUCGAUGGUAGAGAAGGAAAUAGACAUACGAAAAAGAAUACUACGAGAUUUCAAUAAAAAAGAGGAGGAUUUUGCUACUUUGCGAGAGUACAACGAUUACUUGGAGGAAAUUGAGAAUAUCAUAUUUAAUUUAGCAAAUAAUAUAGAUAUUAUCGAGACUAACAAAAGGAUAGAGCAGUACAAGAGGGAUAAUAAAGAACAAAUCAUGAAAAAUAAAUCUAGGAUUGGGAGGAAAGAAUGCGAGCUGGAGCAGCUUCUGGAACUAGAACGGUUACAGGAAGAGGAGAAACGGUUAGAAUUAGCUAAGCACGAAGUGGAAACAAAGAAAAAGAAAAUUCGAGAGAAAGAAGCCCUCAUUGACGAAUUAAUGUUCUCUGAAGAAAAUGCUAAAGAUAUCGUACAGACCUUCGCAUCUGCUGUGCAAGCUGCAAAAGAAGAAGUCAAGUCUGUGCCAGUCGUUAAAGCUACACAGUUCAGCACCGGAAUUAAAUUUGGCAAGCAGGGUACCCAAAGCUUCCUUCCGCUACCAAAGGUAGAGGAAGGACCUACGUAUUCGUAUACUCCAAUUCGACAAGAAAUCGAAGGACCCGAUGCCCCGAGCUGGAGGGACCUUCAGACAAAGGGAUACGUUUCGCACAUCAGGGCAGAGAAUUCAGCAGAGCGAGCAGGAGGGUUCAAGUCUAACAUUGCUUGCUUAAGAGCGUUACAAGAAGCCAUGGCUGGUUUGUAUCACGAUCCAUCUUAACAGUUGGUCUUCGACAAGCCUAUGCUUGGACUUAAAAUUCAGACCUCUCCGUAACGGUCUAUCGUGAAUAGCGUGCCCAAAGUGAAUCCAAGAUUCAUCGCUAGUGAUCAGUGAUCGCAGAUACUUUGAUUUUCUCAAACAACAUAAACUUCACCUCGAGGUGAAGCUACGAGACUGCCUUGAAUGACUUCAACAUGGUUUUAUUUAAUUUGGUACUUGAAUUGGGAGUUAUUCUUGGCAACAUUGAAUCCAGGAGGAUCUACGAGUUUGUUCCAAGUGUAAAUACGUCGAUGAAUUACAUCUAGCUGCGCUAAAUAAAACUAACUGUUAUACGAACCUGUUAA